UCGGGUGAGAGCGAAGAGACGACGGAGCUGUCAAACAGCAACAAUCGCCUGAAAUAUUAUCCCGGGCGGUACAACAAACAUCGUACUUUGCUCUUUUGUGGAAACAAGGACGACAGGAGCAGUCUUCGAGUUCGCCUUUAGCAUUAACCCUAAGGACAUCUUGACUUUUAAACGGUUAGCGACGAAAAACUUCCUGUUUGGUGUUUGUUGGUGGUUCUCAGGCUAAUGUUUGUUAGCUUUUCGCUUAGCUCGAGUUUUGUUGACAAACUAGCAUUCCUUGCUAGUUUCUGAGCAGCUGCGUUUCCAGCUUCAGGGGGUCGUGCUCGUUGUUUUGACAAGUGCUGUAAAGUUGGGAAUGGCAUGUGGGGACCCCGCUUGAGUUAUUCAUGCAAACAUCUCCAUGACUUGAUAACAGGUAUCCAAGGGUUUUCUAUACAUCUUUCAAACAUGUGAAAACCCUCUCCUCCUGGUGGACUCCCCAGUUACAAGCAGCGAGGAACAAGUAGGAGACAUCUUGGAUCCAGCCACUGUGUCACCAGGCGCUCCCUAAACACACCAGUUUCAACUGAAGUCUACGUGCGUGACACAUUUUCUCCCAGGAAACAAACGUAGUAAAGUCCCUGCGCCACUCAAACAAUCCUGUCCUCAUGUCAUGUGGGUACAUCACAGAAAAAACCCCAUAUUACCCGCAUCAUCUUUUACACCAUGGACCGGAAUAAACGCAAUUCCAUCGCUGGGAUCCCGACGCGACCCGAACGCAUCGACGAGGACAGAGAUGGUGUCGGAGGCGUAGGGGGCUUUGAGAUGGGCUUUGAGAUGGGCCCGCCUCCACAGGUGGGCCGGGUGUGGCCCUCGUCCUACAGAGCCCUCAUCAGUGCCUUCUCCUGUCUCACACGCCUUGAUGACUUCACCUGUGAGUGGAUCGGCUCUGGAUUCUUCUCUGAUGUCUUCAAAGUUCGCCAUCGAGCCACAGACCAGGUUAUGGCCAUGAAGAUGAACAAAAUCAGCAGCAACAGAGCCAACAUGUUGAGAGAAGUCCAACUCAUGAACCGGCUCUGCCAUCCCAACAUACUCAG